AUGCUUCUUUCUCUCUCUGCCCUAGCCAGCGUGCUCCUAGGCACAGCAUCGGCGUUUGAAUACUACACCUUUGACGGCCCGGGAUCUCCAUCAUGUCAUAACGUGGUCGAAGUCCACAACGCAACCAGCGUCGAUGAGAUGGUGGAUCUUGUCAAAGACGCCUCCAGCCGUGGCCUGCAAGUCCGUGCCGGUGGGAGAGGUCACAUGUGGUACGAUACCCAGUGCUCAGACGAUAAGACGGUCAUCAUUCGCACCGAGUUUGUCAACGGCAUCUCCGACUUUGACCUCGAUGGCGGCUCUGUGGUGGUCGAGGGCGGCGUCACCUUUUUCCAGCUUGCUGAAUACCUUCAUGAGCGAGGCGCUAAUAUCGGCACUGGCUUGGUCAACUGGAACAUUACUCUAGGAGGAAGUAUUGCCAUGGGAGCGCAUCGCACGUCGUUGAGAGAGGAUGCGGUGGUGGUUGGCGGUGUGCUCGCGCUGGAUAUCAUUGAUGGGAAUGGAGAUAUUCGACAUAUCGAGCGAGAUGAAAGCAACGACGAUUGGCUUGCUGCUUCAACAUCUUUGGGCCUGUUGGGUAUUAUUGCCAGGAUUAAGAUGCAAAUCUUUCCAGAGACCAAAGUAUAUGCCAUGCAAACAACCCUCGAAGAGAAUGAUGUCCUCAAUGGAGAUAUCUACAAGCUCAUCUCGCCAUACUUGACAGCCAACUUCUGGUGGUGGCCAUCCCAGCACAAGUUCCACUGGCGCACAUACGACAUCGUGCCCACAAACACAAGCAGCCAACAAGGCUUCCAAUCCACAUUCUCCGUAACAGCUCUCGAAGCAGGCGCCGCCGUCGUCCUCCUAAACAGCGGCAAAAUCAGCUCCAUCCCCAACCUCGCCGCCGAGGCCAUCUUCUUCGGGCUCUGGGAAAAGCCAAACUUCCACGACAAAGUCACCGACGAGGCCAUCACGGAGUGGCCCGUCUACGGAUGGAACUACGACGUCCUCAUCGGCGGGCUGUACCCCGGACAGAAGCCCGAGUGGGAGUACGGGCUCAAGGGAUAUACGCUCGAGCUGGCUUUUCCUGUGACCAGGGCGAACGAGGUGUUGAAGCGCAUUCGCGCCCUUUUCGAUGCUGAAGCGGCCAAGUGGAUGCCCAUGGCUGCGACGUACCGGAGUGGCAUCAACAUCAAGUUCGGCAAGGCGCAUUUUGACUUGCUCGGCCAGGUCACGACUGGCACGGCUGACAAGCAAGACUGGAGCAAGGGGGCCAUCAUGUUCGAUUUCCCUUCUUUCCGACCCAGUCUCGGGGAUCAGAAGCGAUACAACGAGGCUUUCUAUAUCAAUCUGGCCAACACACUGGUCGAUGAGUUCCCAUGCCGCCCUCACUGGACCAAGAACACCCGCGAUGUUUUCAAGCGUUCUGUCAAAAACUUGGACCCAAGCUACCUUGCUCGGUUCAAAGCCGUGCGACAGAAAUUCGAUCCAAAGGGCAUUUACCGUAGCGUUGUGGGAGAAAUUAUCGGCAUGUAUGAUUAA